GCGGCAUGGUGGCUGUGGGCUCCAGGGAGGCGACCUGAGACCCCUCGGAAGCAGCCCUCCUCCUUUGCAGCAGCUGCAAGCCCGGGCUGGCUCCGCCUCUGUGACGUCCUGAGCAAGCGGAGGCGGGCGUGUGGGUGGGCCGAGCCAGCGGCCGCCUGCGAUUCGGCGGGCUCAGCCACACCACCGUGCUCCCCCGCUCCGCCCGCCCCUCCGGGCUCGUCUUUUCCGGGCUCGCGCCGGUCUCCGCCUCCGCUGGCUGUCCGGGUUGCGCGCGCGCCGCUGCGGCUCUCCCUCUCUCUCUUUUUUUUUUUUUCCACUGGCCUCCGCGACUCGCCCCUCCUUGCCAGGCAGCUCCAGAGCUAGCGGGCACGCGAGCUCCUCUCCGGGAGCUUCCUUCCCCUUAAGGCCGGGACCCAGUGGCAGACUCGUGGCGAGCGAGGCAGCACCUUCGAGUCAGAUCACGGGAGAUACACCUGUUCUUAAAAGUGAAAGAAGAUAUCUGUGUACUUUAUUGUUGGCUUCCAAAGAUUACUAACUUUUAUCUGUAUCACUAAAAUCGAAUUACCUUGGCUAUACUGCUACUCUUACUGCUGCUUCCAUUAUUGCCUUCUUCAGAAACCUAAGGCUUUAAGAAGCCAAAGAAUAACAGCAAAUAAACGCCAAAUUAGAAGCCUUUCCAGUAUGAAACUUAAGCUAAAUGUGCUCACCGUUAUAUUGCUGCCUGUCCACUUGUUAAUAACAAUAUACAGUGCCCUUAUAUUUAUUCCAUGGUAUUUUCUUACCAAUGCCAAGAAGAAAAACGCUAUGGCAAAGAGAAUAAAAGCUAAGCCCACUUCAGACAAACCUGGAAGUCCAUAUCGCUCUGUCACGCACUUCGACUCACUAGCUGUCAUAGACAUCCCUGGGGCAGAUACUCUGGAUAAAUUAUUUGACCAUGCUGUAGCCAAGUUUGGGAAGAAGGACAGCCUUGGGACCCGGGAGAUCCUGAGUGAAGAAAAUGAAAUGCAGCCAAAUGGAAAGGUUUUUAAGAAGUUAAUUCUCGGGAAUUAUAAAUGGAUAAACUAUCUUGAAGUGAACUGCAGAGUGAAUAACUUUGGAAGUGGCCUCAGUGCACUGGGACUGAAACCAAAGAACACCAUUGCCAUUUUCUGUGAGACCAGGGCAGAGUGGAUGAUCGCAGCACAGACCUGCUUUAAGUACAACUUUCCACUUGUGACAUUAUAUGCCACUCUUGGCAAAGAAGCUGUAGUUCAUGGAUUAAAUGAAUCUGAGGCUUCCUAUCUGAUUACUAGUGUUGAACUUCUGGAAAGCAAACUGAAGGCGGCAUUAUUAGAUAUCAAUUGUGUUAAACAUAUCAUUUAUGUGGAUAAUAAGACUAUCAAUAGAGCAGAGUACCCUGAGGGGCUUCAGAUUCACAGCAUGCAAUCAGUAGAGGAGCUGGGAGCCAAGCCAGAAAAUUCGAGCAUUCCUCCAUGUAGACCAACUCCUUCAGACAUGGCCAUUGUCAUGUACACCAGUGGUUCUACUGGCCGCCCCAAGGGAGUGAUGAUGCAUCAUAGCAAUUUGAUUGCUGGAAUGACAGGCCAGUGUGAACGUAUACCUGGAUUAGGACCAAAGGACACAUAUAUUGGCUAUUUACCUUUGGCUCAUGUGCUGGAACUGACAGCAGAGAUAUCUUGCUUUACCUACGGCUGUAGGAUUGGAUAUUCUUCACCACUUACACUGUCUGACCAGUCCAGCAAAAUCAAGAAGGGAAGCAAGGGUGAUUGUACUGUACUGAAGCCCACACUCAUGGCUGCCGUCCCGGAAAUCAUGGAUAGAAUUUAUAAGAAUGUUAUGAGCAAGGUUCAAGAGAUGAAUUAUAUCCAGAAAACUUUAUUUAAAAUCGGGUAUGAUUACAAAUUAGAGCAAAUCAAGAAAGGCUAUGAUGCUCCUCUUUGUAAUCUGAUUCUAUUUAAAAAGGUGAAGGCUUUGCUGGGAGGGAAUGUCCGCAUGAUGCUGUCUGGCGGCGCCCCACUGUCUCCUCAGACACACCGAUUCAUGAAUGUCUGCUUCUGCUGCCCCAUUGGGCAGGGCUAUGGGCUGACAGAAUCGUGCGGUGCUGGAACAGUUACUGAAGUUACUGACUAUACUACUGGAAGAGUUGGAGCGCCUCUUAUUUGCUGUGAAAUUAAACUGAAAGACUGGCAGGAAGGUGGUUAUACAGUUCAUGAUAAGCCAAACCCCAGAGGUGAAAUUGUGAUUGGUGGCCAGAAUAUCUCCAUGGGAUAUUUUAAAAAUGAAGAGAAAACAGCCGAAGAUUAUUCUGUGGAUGAAAAUGGACAAAGGUGGUUUUGCACCGGCGAUAUUGGAGAAUUCCAUCCUGAUGGAUGCUUACAGAUUAUAGGUCAGUGUGUUCUCUCUUCCAUAGUUUCUUUCAUUUUGUUUAAAAUGGAACAGGAAACCAUUCGAGUUAGCAGAAUGUCAGAGUGUGUGUGUUUUUGUGUGUGUGUGUAUGUGUACACAUUUAGAAUUAUUUCUACUGUAACUGCUAUAUUGAAUAAUGUGAAUAAUUUUGCUUACUUCCUAAUGUCUAAAUUUUUCAGUGACCAGUCCUACGUGAUCAGCUUUGUGGUUCCUAACCAGAAAAAGUUGACUCUUUUGGCACAACAGAAGGGGGUAGAAGGAUCUUGGGUUGAUAUUUGCAAUAAUCCUGCCAUGGAGGCUGAAAUACUGAAAGAAAUUCGAGAAGCUGCAAAUGCCAUGAAAUUGGAGCGAUUUGAAAUUCCAAUCAAGGUUCGAUUAAGCCCAGAGCCAUGGACCCCAGAAACUGGUUUGGUAACAGAUGCCUUCAAGCUGAAAAGGAAGGAGUUGAAGAACCAUUAUCUCAAAGACAUUGAGCGGAUGUAUGGGGGCAAAUAAACUGCAGCUUUCUUAUUUCCAUCUGCACAGGAGGCAGCCUGAUGGUUUUUAGUUGUAGAGUUUUUAAACCUUUGUUGAUCUCUUUGUUAGAAUGUCAGGUGUAUCUUCUAAAGACAUGAAGCAAAAACAACCAAAAGUGGUUAAAAUAGUUGAGUCUACUUUCACUUGCAUAGGUCCCAGUGAAGCUGAAAUUGGAAAGACAUUUCCCUUUAGCUGUGUUAUUAAGUUUAAAGCAGAAAUUCUGUUUUUAAAAAUUAGCCUUAGAUACACUUCUUUUUAUAAAGAAAAGAUACUCCACGCUAAAGUAAAUAAAUUGGAGUUGGAAUAGAUAUAGUUGAAGAAAUUUACAGCUUCCAGUGCCUGUGUCUUCCUAGCUCAGAGGUUUCUGUAAUAAUCAUGACAAAAUUACAUAGUAACACUACUCAGAGCAGAAGUGCCACCAGGCUUGGAAAUUCUCUUCCAACCAUUUAUCUUGAAGGGAAAAAAAAAUCAGUCUUGAUAUGGAAUCAGUAUCUUAGAAGGUAUUAUUUUAAGAUCAUAAUUGCCAUGAAGGUUAGACCUAGAAUCAUUGCAACAUUGUGAAUAAUUACAGUGCCUGAAGUUAAGACUAAAACAAUACACACACAUACCAAAAAUAGCUCAUCAUGUAUUUGAAGGGAAGCUGAACUGCUCCUUUGGAUGUCUGAGAACUAAAGUCAGCAUCUGUAAUUAUUUAAAUGUCUUAAGAGGAAUGUCCACUUUGCAAAAGUGACCUUUCUGUGUGUGAUCUAGUCAAAGACUGAGACCAAGGGGAAUGUGUUAGAAAUGUCAGUCAGAAUUCAGCAACAUACAUUGCUUUGCUUUUAGAAAGCUGAUGGAAUGAGUCCUAAGUAUUCAGAAUUAGGAUCCUUGCAUAGCACUGAACCUGGAAAAAGAGACUUAGACUCGGAAUUUAACUUUGAUAACAGGGCUUGGUUUUAAAAUGUGCUUGUACUAAAUUAUAUUUGUAAUUUAUGGUCUGUCUGCUAUUGCUGAUUGAUUCUUAAUCAGUAGUGUGCAUUUCAGAGGGCCUCAUUUUGCUUUAAUUUCAGCAAAGCGGGUUAUGAUGAAUGACUUCCUCAACAUCUUGUUCAAACCUACGGGUGAUUAAAUGUCUUGGAUGAGCCUGGGGAAGUUUAAAGGGAAGAAAACACUGUUACCACUUUUCCUGUUUGUGAAGAGUUUAGAAACUGGAAAUGCUAGAUUUGGGAGAAGGGCAGAGUUACUUGAUUAAGGACUGUCUGUGCAGUAACUUGGAGUGUGAGUUUCUUUUGAAAUCUUCAGCUAAAAUCUGGAAUUAUAUAUUCUUGAUAGAUAUUCGCACUUGAACCAUAGUUACUGUAAAAAGCAAAAUUCUUAAUACUGUUAUUCUUUGCACUUUUUCAUAAUCAUUUUAUACACACACAUACACAUGUGUGUGUGUGUAUAUAUAUAUAAUAUAUAUAUGUUGCUUACAUUGCAUUGUACAGAUGUGGGCCACCACUACAACAAAAUGAAUUCUUUGUGCUCAAAUAUUUAUAAAGAAAUUAUUUAAAUGUUAUGUAUAUGGUGGUAAUAACGAAAAAAAUCAUCUGGUAUUAUAAGCAACAGCGAAGGUUUUUGUAAAAGUUUCUUUUCAGUGUUCUGCAAAAUAAAAUUUGAGGCAAGUUUUCCCUGAAGUUAUAUGUGAGUAUUCUCAUGCUUCCAUCUUGCUUUUGAAGCGUGAAAAGACAUUACCAAGUAGACUACUAUUCAGCUUCUACUUCCUCCUAGUGCACUGUUUAUCCUUCAAGGAUGUUUUUUUUGUUUUUUUGUUUUUUUGUUUUUUUGUUUUUUAAGGCUUUUCCAAUAUAUGUAUCCCAUUUGGAAUGGUGAUCUUAAAAUGUGAGUGCAUGCAUACUAUCUUGUUUAAGAUACUUGCACCCCACCCACUCACUUCCAUCUCCCAAAGCUGGAACACUGCCAACUAGGUCCUUAAGAAUCACGCAAUUAACACAAGGUUGGGUGCUGCUAAUUCUUCAUGAAAAUCCAAACACGUUAAGGGACCAGGGAGAUGCCACUGCCCCCCUGACUUUUCAUCAAAAAUAUACAUGUUUAUGUAAACAGAACUAUUUUCCAUAUUCAUAGUGACUUUUUAAGUAUUUGAGCCUAAAGAUUUUGAUCUCCAUUUUUUAUACCUAUUUAAAUUGUUCAUAAUUAUUACAUAUCUGCCAUCAAAUAAAGCUGUGCUUACUAGUGAUUAUAAGUGUGUGCAUUUCUAAGUUGAACACUCAUGAUUUUUGCUUUAAUUCCAUGAAAGGGUCUUAUUUCCUUGCUAUUUGUAUUCAUUCUUUUUUUUUUUAUGUAGACUGAAGGUAUGAUUGUCUGACUUUUAAGAAAUGAAAUACAGAUGAAUGAAUCAUAGAGUCCAAAGUGAGGGAGAAUCCUGUUUGAUUGUUCAUAGAGACUGACUAGUAUCUUUUGCCUAUAUUUUCCUGGUAGUUUAUGACAAAUGUUUCUACAGUGAAAAGCUGAGAACAGAUUAAAGAUCCGUGUGGCAUUUGGGAACUGGAGAGAUAAAUUUUAAUUUUGAAUGUAGUUAUAAAUUUUAUAUUCAUAUUUGUACUUUCUGUUAAAAUGCACGAUUAUAGGAUUGUUCCUUAGAUUUUUGUUUACUCUUGAAAAGCUUUGUUCUUAUUUUUAAGUUUGCACUUGAAUCUUAUAAAAUAAAUCCACCCAUGUUAUCAAGC